AGAGCCGAAGAUGUCGGCUCGGUCAUGUGAUCAGGUGUGUCCAAUCACAGCUGAUCACAAGUAAACAGGGAAAUGCCGAGGGGACAUGUACACUGAUCAGUGGGCACUGAUGAUCAGUGUAGCCCCAGCAGUGCCACCUGUCAGUGUCCAUCGCUGCCUUGUGUCAGUGCCCAUCAGUGCCACAUCAAUGCCACAUAUCAGUGCCCAUCAAUGCCCCAUCAGUGCAGCCUCAUUAGCGCACAUCAGUGAAGGAGAAAAAACACUUAUUUACAAAAUUUUAUAA